CAGAUUCCUAACUCUCCUGGUAACUUUUUGGAAAACAUGAGGUGCAUUUGUCUGCUGUCAGCACUAGUGGUCAUGGUGUCAGCGACGCCCGGUUUACGCGCAAUCAUCGGGUGCACCAGCUGCCCUGUCGAGGCGCAUCAGGAACGCGUGUGUGGCUCUGACAACAUGAUUUACAAUAACAUGUGCGCACUGAAGCUUAAGCAAUGCGAGGAUCCAAGUGUCACGUUGCUUGACGCCAUCGACUGCACUUCACUGCUACACCAGAGAGAAUGUCAAUUGUCCUGUACACAAAACGAGCCGUUUACCUUCCUUUGUGGCUCUGACGGCAUGAGGUACAGUGCGUGUGAGCUGAAUGCCAAGUGGUGCAAUGAGCCUGACUUCGAGGUUCGCGAGUGCACACGUAAAGGGAGAGAGACGAAGGACGAAAUAAUGAUGGACAAGAUCAGUAAAUUAGUUAUGGAAUGAAGAACAUUAACAGCAAGUUGAAUCGCGAACUAUUAGACAACUAGAUAAGUUUGCCAGACCACCCAUCGUUCUACAGAACUACUGAAGGAGGAAUCGAGUGCCAUAAAUCUACAGCAGUGCUACAAUUAACACCAUGACGGCAGAAAAGCUAAAAAAAUGUCUAAAAUUUGUCUUUACAAUAGUAAUUCCAAAUGUUA